AUGGAAGGAAUAUUCCCCAUCAUAAAAAUUGUGGUCAACAAGAAAAUGGAAGUGGUGGUAUUCCAUUUGAAAGAGAAGAUUGGUAGAGAUGAACAUCUGAAACUUGAACUCUCCUAUACUGGGACUAUUGGCAGCCAUAGGUUAAACGGUCUGUACAGGACAAUUUAUACGGACAAAGAUGGUAAUCAAAAAGUCGCCGCUGUUACCCAGUUCGAACCGACCCAUGCUCGUUUGAUGGUGCCAUGUUUCGAUGAGCCGGCAUUCAAAGCACAAUGGACGGUUACUGUAAUUCAUCCGGCAGGAACCACAGCUCUGUCCAAUGGAAAAGAGAGAAGUAGCGUAAGUGAAUCUGGCAGUGCUUGGGUGUGGACGACAUUUGAAACAACUCCAAAAAUGUCGACAUAUCUUCUUGCCAUUGCUGUUGGCGAAUUUGAAUAUAUCCAAGGGUAUACCAAGGAGGGAGUAAGAUUCCGAGUGUGGUCACGUCCAGAAGCGAUUAAUAUGACGCAAUUUGCGCUAAAAGUCGGCGUCCAAUGUCUGCAGUUUUACGAGGAAUACUUCGAUAUCAAAUUUCCACUACAAAAACAGGGUAGGGUGCGCUAA